UUCUUCUAAGAAAAGGAUUCAAGUGAAAUUAAUGGAUUUGAGUUCUACCUCGCGGUCCAGUUAAAAUGGCUAUCCCGCGCUCUCGUAGACACAAACCACUACAAUAACUAGACUUAAAAGUGAUAAAACAGUGAAUUUAAAUGUGAUCUUGAAUCGUAAAAUGUCAUCAAGAUUCGUGAUUGUAUUUUUUCCGUGAAUGUUUUGCCAGUUUUCACUUUUUGUUAAUUAAAUUUAAAUGACGCUUAAUUCUAGCACGCUAACCGGUGUUGUUAGAUAUGAGCAGUCUCCCCUGUGGGGACGGGGAGACUGUCUCCCCUACUCCCCGUCCCUACCAGCCUAUACCCUCCCCUCACACAAUCCUCUCCCCUUCACACUCACCCUUGAGACCUCUCACACUACCAGAUGUUCAACAUUCACCGGCCUCUAUAGGUCGAUCUCUUUCCUCUCCAGUAAGAACAAGAUCCCCAGGAACAAGUCCUGCAAGGAAAAGAUUAAAACUGGACCUUAGCGGACUUAGUCCUGUCUCCCGACAGAAACGCCUGUGUGAGAACAGAAUGACGAAACUCCGUCACGUAACAACAUCAUGUCGGGAAGACCUUACAGAGCUGUACUUCAUAACCUCGGGAAGCAACCUAAUCGAUUUGCCGAUGUUUCGAAAGAAGCCGAACCAGGCGUUUAUUAACUUCUUGACGACGCAGCAAGCUCCAGCUCGGGUUAUUUCAGAGGUUCAGACUUCAGUUCUGGGAAGUGCACUCCUCCCACUUGAGGUCAGAAGACACGCCUACUCCCCCAGGGUUGGGGCAUUGUCUCCAGUAAAGGUUGGAUACGACCAGGAGGUUUACUCUCCUAGGUUCUCCAGUUCUCUACCUUGUCCUACACUCCCCCCACCCUCUGCUCCAGUUUACUCCAUGGAUCAAAUUCAGGAGAAGAUAAAGCAGGAGGGCUGGGUUCUGUCCCGAGUAUCCGAACUUAAUAGGGACGGUAUGUGGCCGAUGAAAAGACUACCAAAGGUUGUUGAACAGCCUCGUCCUGUCGCUGCCUGGGACCUUGUACUCGAAGAGAUGAAAUGGUUGGCCGCCGACUUUCAGCAAGAAAGAAUCUGGAAGAAAUCGGCGGCCAGGGUUCAGGCGGCAGCUGUGCGAGAGUUUGUAACGGAGAAGCGCGAAGUACAAGCCCAGGAAGAGGAAGAGUUGAGAACAGGGUUAGCUCAGAGGAAGAUCGCCAGAUCAAUCUCAGAUCAAAUCAAACAGUUUUGGGGCCAUGUGUCUUCGCUGUAUGAAUACGAACUAGUACGGCGACGGACUAUUUUUAACACCAACCUUAUCAGUACACAGCUCAAUCAUGUGAGCGAGUAUCAAACCAAUGGUGAGCUCGAUGAGUUACUUUCUUCAAGGAAACGAAAAAUUGAGGACUUAUCGUCUGGGCGAUCAAGCCCCAACUCUGAAUUUUCUCCGAGUGAGAAUGGAGUUUGGAGUGAUGAUGAUGAGUCAACGAUCGCUGAACAGGAAACUUAUGAGCUGUUGAACUGUGUGAGUGAUAAUGAACUGAAAGAGCUGGAAACGGAUGCUUCUACGGAGCUCUCAAUCCUGUUGAGUGCAAAUUAUCCUGGUGUGAUGACGGACUACUCCACCUCGGAGCAGGAGUACCUGGAGGAGUACUUCGAGGACUCUGACUCCGAGCCCGACUCAGAGCUUGAUAGCUUAGAGUCGCAUGUUCACCUCUCUAUCGAUUGUUUACUGAAGGACCGGACAGAGAAAACUAACGGUGACCUAAAUAAAAAGGAUCUCAUUGAAAUUUCAGAAACUGCUGAAACCCUUUUGCCCAAAUCUGUGAUAACCAGCAACGGAAGUGUUGCUACACCUACAAUAUUGUCGGGACGCUUGUAUGAGUAUCAGCUCGUUGCCCUAGGCUGGCUGCAGGCAAUGUACCGUGAAAAGUUGCCAACAAUUCUGUCCGAUGAUCAAGGUCUAGGACGGAGAGUAGUUACUGCUGCAUUUAUAUCCUAUUUAGUUUGCGAGCUGGGCUCUCCCGGACCCCACCUUAUUAUAGUCCCCGUAUCAAGUCUCAAGCGCUGGGGCCGUGUCCUCUCAACUUGGUGUCCCGGUCUCAGGGUAUCAGUGUUUUCUGGAAACCUAGGAGACAGGAGAACCCUGAGAAACCAGCUCUAUGAGGAUAAACCUCACAUAGUGUUGACCAGCUACCGAGCCUACUGUAGGUUUAGUCACUGGUUUAAUCUCAAGAAAUGGGGAUUGCUUGUUCUCGCCGAGGUUCAGAACAUUGUUGCUGCCGGGUCUCCCGACCAAAUCCUCGCUAUAUCCCAACUUCGAUCGGACCGACGUAUGUUAAUCAUGUCCGGGGCUCACAAGGAGAAUCCUUAUGAUCUAUGGAACACGCUUUACAUGCUCUUUCCUUCAACCUACAACCUUCACUCAGAGUCCUGCGCCCUGGUCGAGGGCACAGCUGAGUAUACAGAUUCGGUCAAAUCCCUUCAGAAAAUACUUUGUUCCUUUACCCUCUCAAGAAGCAGAACCAAACACCCGCUGAUUGAGAAACAAUUAUCUCCACCAAAUGAUGUUCCUACGUUUGUCAAUAUGUCUUUAAAGCAGAGAAAACUCUACGACGAUUACCUUGCCUCUCCUUCAACAAAGGAUUUGUUACAUACCGGAGAUCUAUCAUCGGUCUGUACUGUAAUCCAACAGCUAAGAAACAUCUGUAACCAUCCUAAUCUAGUCACUUCUCCUACUCCUACUCCCUCCCCUGCCCUACCUACCUGGUGUAGGCUCAACCCUCGCCCUGCCCCUAAGAUACAGAAAUUGGUUGAAUCCUCCCCCCUGGACUCGGUCAGCUUUGAGAACAUGAAUCUUGUUUUUCUGAAACAAGAACUUACCACCACUGUUUUGACAUCUGCCCGUCUCCGGAGUAUAAAGGCGAGCAGAGAGCUAAUCCAGGAGCUCCCGGAGCAGUCUAGCUCUAAAUAUAUACCUCCACGUGUACCUGCUCAUAAGAUCAGCUUCUCCUUGGAGGGGAUUACAAGGACGGUAAAUGGAUGGAAUAUUCCGGGAGGUUGGGUGGAUGGGAUGGGUUUGGUUAGAGCUGCUACCGGCCAGGUCUUUAAGGUUUGCUCUAACCCUCUGGAGAGGAAGGAUACUGGCCCGAGUCCUUCUCCGGAUGUCUCGGGAGGACUGUAUCCGGAUAGUAUAAGUUCUAUCGGAGAAAUCAAUCACUGGCGGUGUUCCGGGUUUCCACUCUAUGGACAGGAUCUGAUAAAAAGUUUAGAAAUUACAAACUCAGCUCGUCCUGCGCGGUCUCGGUUUUCCGGCCAGGGAUUUAUCAACUGUCUGCUCGCGCUCUCCGGCGCGCCUAGACUUGAGAAGGAUGACUGGAGGUUUACAACGAAUACCUUGCAGCCUCUGGUUAAAGUGGGCGCGCACCGAGUUGAGCAGCUUCUGCGAACACUCAACUGGACGGAGCACAGUGAGUUAGAUCCUAGAACUCAUUCUUCGAAACUGCAGGCUUUGGAUCGGAUACUACAGGAGAGAAUACAAAAGAAGGAAAAGGUUCUUCUAUUUACGAGUACACAAGAUAUACUGCAUACGUUACAUACUUAUUCUAACUUCAGAAAUAUUAGGUAUGUUUCUGUUUCUGGCGAGAUGGAUUUCUCUGAGAAGGUUUCAGCUAUUGAACGGUUUAGUUUAGAACCAAGAUAUACUCUGCUCAUCCUAUGCGGUCUAACAUCCUUCAUAGGUUUAAACCUUCCACAAGUUGGAACAGUGAUCGAGUAUGACUGGUCUCCCUUACAUACAGAUUUAAGCACAAGGAUUUUGGGUUGGAACCCUCAAACUGUAUUCAGGUUAAUGUGCCGAGGUACAGUGGAAGAGAGUUUAGGCCGGAGAACUUUGCUGAGAUGUGUUUUAGCUGAUCUUGAAACAUUAAACCAAAACACACUUAAGAAGCAAACCAUUGAACACCUCCUUUACCCUCAGACAAGUGAUAACGGAUUCUUCUGGAAUGAAAAGAAAAAGAAAGAUAAGGCUAAAAACGAGAUAGACGAGAAGUUGGAAAUUUCCCACGUUUUCUCCUUGUUGGGGGCACCUGGUGGAGAUCAACCUUCAUGUAUCCUCGACCUUGCAGAGUUUGAUACAUUCGAGGAGGACGAGUAUGUGGAUGAGGACGGGUUCAAGGAUAUCCAGCUCAUGGACUGGAUAGAGUCCGUCUCACCUUUGCACAGGUAUGGAGUAAAGCAGUUAACUUACAGUCCCUCCUUAAAAUCCUUGGAUCAGUGGAUCAGGGAAGAACCGGAGAAUAAAGAAGAGGCGAAGUUGUCCCUGGAGGUUGACAUAUGCCGGCGGGCUGAGAAGAGGCGAAGGGAAGAGGAGACAUUUGAGUAUGUCAGCUAUCCUAACCAUUUGUCCAACAGAGACUGGAAGGAUGAGACGGGAGAACUAACCCUGUGGAAACCUCCGGGAUACUUUGAGGAGAUGGAAGACUACUGCACCAGUCUUCUUUACAGCACGGAGCCUAUACAGGAGGAAAAUCUGCCUCCUGUUUACGUUAAAAAGGAGAAGAAACAUGAUUCAUCAGUCGGACAGAUCAACUCUGUAGUCUCCUCUCCGGUGUCUGGGCUCCCUCUCUCACCUGCUGAUAAUAAACCGAAAAUUCGACGGGAUGAUAAUGUUACUGCUGCGCCUAAAAGCUUGUUUGAUCGCCCCAAACCGUUUAAAACAAUUGCUCGUCCUCGUCCACCUGGUCCUUUAAAUCCAGUGUCCUUCCCUUCAACAACCCUCACAACACAGAUACAGAACCAGACUAUCAAGACUGUACCAAGAGAAGGGGAAUAUGGACCAGAUUGGUUAAUCCAAGAAGAUUGGGCUCUUCAUCAGGCAGUUAUUUCUCUUCAGGAGAUGCCGCUCAGUUUGAGUGCGAAUUCUCCUGCGCAUAUUUCCAACUGGGAUAUGGUUUCGGAUAUGGUGAACGCUGUUUCUAAAUGCUAUAGGUCCCCCCGACAGUGUAGGACACGGUAUGAAACUACAGUUUUACCCCGAGAGGAAGGAAAGAUCCUCUAUAAUGAUAUCACUCCUACUAAGAAGCAGAAGAAAACUGGAAAGUUGAUUAAAGGGAUAGAAAAGAAACCUUCAGUAAGCAAACCAAUGAAGACAUCUGUUCUUUUUAAGCAGGACAAUAACAACGCUUGGUCAACUCAGUUCUCUUCAAGGUUCCAAACCAUUAAAGCUAUUGCCAACAAAAGAACUCCGACAACUAAACCUCUCCUUGUUAACUCUACACAGAGAAAUCCUAAGCAUGCAUCUGUUCUAGCUGAGUUUGGUGUUGACUAUGACAACCCGCUGAACCCUGUUUCUGUUGCUGCUAACCGUGCUGAUAGAAUACUCCGGGAUAAGCAGCGUAAUCAGCAGGCAGCAGCACAGGCGCAGUUAUCUGUUCAGCAGCCUAAUGUAACAGCUGUUCCUCAACAACAACCACAACAACAACAACAGCAGCAGCAACAGCAGCAGCAACAACAACAGAUGGGACUGCCUGUAAGGGUCUCUGUUGCAAAUGUUUCUGCUAAUAUAUCUGUUGCAUCUUCUGGGAAUAUGUCAAGUCCAGCUCAAGCUGUUGUAGUUGGGAUCUCCCAACCAGUCCAACAGCAUAUUCAGCAAGGGCAGAUAGUCAGUGUUGCACAGAUGAGUAAUAGCGGAAGGGUUGGAGGAAAUCAGACGGUUGUGACUGUUUCUGGAGUUCUAUCAGGCCUGCAGACAACUUCAACUCUGACUAGAUUAGCCGGAGGACAGAUUGUUGUAAGCCAGACAGGUAAAAGUGUUGCUGUUGGGUCCCAGAGUGGAACACUUCAAGUUGCAGGACGGUCUCUUACUCCUGCUCAAAUCCAAGUUCUCAAAACCCAAGCAAUGAAGCGGCAGGAACAACAGCUUCGGGCUAGACAGCUAUUACAGAACAGCGUGACUGUUUCAAGUGGUUCUGCUGCAUCUGUUGUGUCUGCACUUUCAACAGCAAGAACUAUUGCAGCAACAGCUGGUAUAGGGCGAGGACAGAUAGUUCGACCCACUAAUGUGAGAUCCAUGACAGAACCAGAAUUAAAAGCCAUGUUGGCCAAGCAACAGUUAAAGGUAACAGGCCCAGGAUUAGUUCAAGUCCAACCAGGAGCAAGCUUGAGUACUGCUCAGCUUCAACAACUUGGAAUUCAGGUUGCAACAGCUUCUCCAGGUACUUCAGCACUUGUCAAGGCUGGAGGGGUUCAGCAAGGGAAAUCGGUUACAAUUCCUAUCACAGGAGUAAACUUACAAGGUGGACAACUAAAGCAGGUUGCAGGUCGAGGCACCGUCAUAAACCAGAACGUUCCACAGAUUCAACAACUUCGACAGUUGAUGAUGAGAAAGCAUGGAGUUCAGCAGAAGGUUGCUCUGCAGCAGGUUGGGGGGAAACUACCUGCACAACUGAUUGUUCAAGGACAACAGGGUAAAGGUCUUCCUGCCACUGUUACGGUUCAACAAUUACAACAGAUUGUAAAAAGUGUGGCAGGAAGCGGCCAAGGGCAAGUUCAGAUCGGCACUGUGGCAGGUACCGGUCAGCAAAUUAUAAGCCAUGCUGUCCUAACAAAGCCUGGGUUAUCUGGCGGUCAGACUGUACAGGCUAGGGUUAUCCCUGUCUCCGGCACAGCAGGGAGAGGUCAGCAAACUAUACAAGUGUUAACUGCUUCACCUGGGGGUAUCCGAGGAACUGUUCCUAAUGUUACUCUAGAUGCUCUUAGUCGACAACAAGGUGGAGCUGCAAGUGCGAUAGCAUCAGCUUUAGCUGCAGGAAAUCAUGUAAAGAUUGCUGCUCCUGGAGGAGCUACACAACAACAAAUACUUUCCCAGGUUACAGCAGCUUUAGCUGGGCAGACGGGUCAGCCUGUGUCUGUAGCUGUGAGAACCCCUGGUAAUGUUAGUACCAUUACUCAACAGGGACAGAUAAUACAACAACAACAGGGUCAACUCUCUCAAGUAAAUCAGAUCACACAAGGUCAGAUGUCCCAGCAAGUUCACAUUACCCAGGGUCAGAUAGUUCAACAAAACCAUGGUUCACAUGUUCGAGUUUCCGCCAGUAAUCCACAUCUUGUUAAUCUUCAGCUUAAUGUUCAACCUAGUGUAAGCUCUGCAGUAAAUAGUAACCAGACCAAUCAAAAUCCCGAGUCCGGAUAAAACAUCAACCGGAUUUCUAAAUUGACUCCAACAACAGAAAUGAGUGUCCCGACGUUAAAACCAAUGAAAUUCGAAUGUUGUCAAAAUAUCAACAUGAAUAUCAAAUAUCAUUGUGCAUCAAAGUUAAAGCAAUGAACUAUGUCAGUGCACUAGACAUUGUAUUAUUCCAUUCCAUGCUUAUCGCCUGCUCCCCCAGUUCUCGCUAGUGAAUACAUUCAGAUCAUUUUGCUGUGCAAAAUUCAAGUUUUUCAAUUUAACGGGAAAUUUCUUCGACCCCAUAACCCCCCCCCCCCUUAUGAAAGGGGACAAGUUCCAACAUUGGGCAUUGUUCUUUGGUGAUGUAUUAGUAGUAUAUAAACCUAAAAUGCUCAACUCCUGAAUGUAUAAACCUUUAAACACUGUUUAAAUCCUUGUUCUCCUAGUACAAUAGGUUCAGCCUCUCGUCGAUUAGUUUUAUAAAUUUUUCUAUUUAAAUUUUUUUUAAUAUUCAGAAUUAUUAAAUAGGUACAUGUAAUGUGUUAUUUUACAAUUAGUGUCACCAGGGUGUGCUACGAAAAACUUUUUAAAAAAUGCCGUUCUUCCCAAAAAAAGGAUUCCAUUAUUCUUAGAAAUCUCCCAGCUUAUGGUACAAAAGGUUAAGGAUUAAUGGAUGUUUGACAGAAUUUUAAAGACUUUAAUUAAUAUAAAAUUAAUCCUGGGCCUGUCAUGUACACUCGUUACCUUUCUACUGAUAGCGUUUAAAUCGUAGCAAAGUUUAGCGUACGUUUUACGCAGAUAUAGAAAAUAGCAGGAUUUUCUGUUCAUUGUUAAAUGUGAUAUCUUAAUCUGUACUUUGUACUGUGUGUACUCAGGUUCUGUACCGUGCGUCUGCUGUUACAUGAAAUUUGUCGUUGCGGGCAGACUAGCUCGAUCUUUUCAACAGAAAUAUACUAUGUACUGUUAUGUAUACUGUACAGUUAACACUUUACAGAAAUACAUGUGUACAUGUUAAAUUACCGUAUUGUUCGGCAAAUUAACCUAAACUAAAGCGCUUAAAUAAAUUGUAAAUUAUUAA